AUGCGAUCCGGCGCAAACAGAACGACUCGACAUCAACCAACAGUCGCCAGGCAGUCAACGCCAUCCAGCACGCUCGUUACAAUUGUUCAAAAUGGUACUGCCGACAAGCUUCGCACGCAGCAGGAGCUCGAGCGGCUCCAGUCCAAGUUCAUCGGCACCGGCCACCCCGACACGACGAGCUGGGAGUGGAAGACCAACAUCCACCGCGACACGUACGCCUCCAUCGUCGGCCACCCGCCCAUGCUCGCCUACAUUGCGCUCGCCGAGAACGAGCCCGUGCAUCUCGUGCGGGCGCGCCUCAUCCGAAAAAUGCUGCAGCCCGCCGGUGCGCCGCCGCAGCGGGACAACGAGUAG